AUGGUAGUCGUUGCUCCAAGCCCGAAUAUUCGGAGCUCAGAAAAGACUCAAGCUUUGGAGCUUCCCAUGGUGGACCUGUCGCUCGACAGAGCUGAGUCGUCGAAGCUGAUCGUGAAGGCCAGCCAAGAGUACGGUUUCUUCAAGGUAAUCAACCAUGGCGUCGCAGAAGAUAUCGUUAAGAAGAUGGAGGAGGAGAGUGUUAACUUCUUCGCUAAGCCUUUAGCUGAGAAGCAGGGAGGUGGACCUGCAAACCCUUUUGGCUAUGGCUUUAAGAAUAUUGGCUUUAAUGGCGACAUGGGAGAGGUUGAGUAUCUUCUUCUUCCUGCUAAUCCUCUAGCCAUUGCCCAAAGAUCCAGAACUCUCUCUAAUGACCCGCCAAAGUUCAGCUCUGUGGUGAAUAGUUACAUACAAGCAGUUACAGGGGUGGCAUGUGAAAUCUUGGAUCUGAUGGCAGAGGGGUUGGGAAUCCCCCAGACAUCCUUGUUCAGUGAUCUGAUCAGAGCCGUCGAUAGCGAUUCAGUGUUGAGGCUCAAUCACUACCCGCCCCUGCUGGCUGAUGACGACACGUCAUCAUCGCCUUCUGCUCUCUCCAAGGUUGGAUUCGGGGAGCAUUCUGACCCUCAGAUCUUGACCAUACUCAGAUCCAACGACGUGGGCGGUCUCCAGAUUUCUCUCUCUGAUGGAGUGUGGGUCCCGGUCUCACCUGAUCCCACUGCCUUUUAUGUCAAUGUGGGUGACCUCUUACAGGCAAUGACAAACGGAAGGCUGGUGAGUGUGAGGCAUAGAGCCGUAGUGAGCAGCAGGGAGAAGAGUAGGAUAUCAAUGGCUUAUUUCGGAGGACCGCCGCUCGACACAUUAAUAAAAGCUCCUCCAGAGAUGCUAACACCUCAAAAGCCUGGUCUUUAUAAGCCGUUCACUUGGGCUGACUACAAGAAAACUUCCUAUUCUCUGCGCUUGGGAGAUACCCGGCUUAACCUUUACAGGACCACUUAA